UGGCCCUCCCAUUCCUGCCCCUUGAUCUCCAGGCACUGAGCCAGAGGGUUGUCUUGGAGCCCCAGGGGCGAGGACACUUAGCCUACAUGCUGUGCCGUCUGCGCUCCAGGCUGCCAGCCAGGAUGUGGAGCAGGACUUCGGAGAAGCAGCCAUGGAGGGACAGCAGUCAGACCCCUUUCCCGUGUCUUAUCCACAGACUUGACCACAUUGUAAUGACAGUAAAGAACAUCAAAGACACCACUACGUUUUAUUCCAAGAUUCUGGGCAUGGAGGUCGUGACUUUCAAGGGAGACCGGAAAGCAUUGUGUUUUGGAGACCAGAAAUUUAACCUCCACGAGAUGGGAAAGGAAUUUGAACCCAAAGCUGCUUGCCCAGUCCCUGGUUCCCUGGAUAUUUGUCUGAUCACAGAGGUGCCUUUGGAGGAAGUGGUCCAGCACCUCAAGGCUUGUGAUGUCCCCAUUGAGGAGGGUCCAGUCCUCAGAACAGGGGCAAAAGGGCCCAUUAUGUCCAUUUACUUCCGAGACCCUGACAGAAACCUGAUCGAGGUGUCCAGCUAUAUGUCCUCAUGAUGGAGGCGAGCUCUCCGCCCUGCUGUCCCCUGUGAUGUCACCCUCUGUCUUCCUUCCUGCAAAACGUCAUCCCGGGCCCAGAGACCUCCAAGGACGGAGGACUUGCGCACGUCACACAUCCGGCUGGGAGGCGGGGGACGGGGGGGGGAGGGCGGGGGGGCGGGGCGGGUGUGGAUCUGGGGUGGGUUUGGGAACGAGAUGUCUGAACGUCCUCCAUCCAAGCUGCCCCCAUACAUUCAUAAUCUUUCCAUUAACAUGAACUCUUCCUUGUUAUUGUCUCA